CCCUCGCUCAUCACUCAUUCACUCACCAAGGAAGUAGAGCACCCAGAGCUUCAGCUCAGCUCAUUCGUUUCGUCCUCUUCCGUUUCGUCCGGAUACCCAUCUGGGCUUUGCUAGCGAACGAACAACUCUCUAGAGUUGUCGAGCUAAGCACGCACAGCACCUCCCUGAAGCCAGCGACCAUGAUCUCCCCGGACACUAUCCGCACGGCCAUUGGCGUCAUCGGCAAUGGGACCGCCCUUGUGCUCUUCCUCUCCCCAGUGCCGACGUUCAUCCGCAUCUGGAAGAAGGGGUCGGUGGAGCAGUACUCGCCGGUGCCCUAUGUGGCGACACUCCUCAACUGCAUGAUGUGGGUGUUGUACGGCCUGCCGUUGGUCCACCCCCACAGCAUGCUCGUCAUCACCAUCAACGGCACCGGCAUGGCCAUCGAGCUCACCUACGUCACGCUCUUCCUCCUCUACUCCACGGGGCCCGCUCGCCGCAAGGUCGUCCUCCUCCUCGCUGCCGAGGUCGCCUUCGUCGGCGCGGUCGCCGUUCUUGUGCUCAGCCUGGCGCACACGCACGAGCGCAGGUCCAUGAUCGUCGGCAUCCUCUGCGUCCUCUUCGGCACCGGCAUGUACGCUGCGCCGCUCUCCGUCAUGAAAAUGGUGAUCCAGACGAAGAGUGUGGAGUACAUGCCUUUGUCCCUGUCCCUAGCUUCUCUGGUGAAUGGCAUCUGCUGGACAGCCUAUGCCCUCAUCAAAUUCGACCUCUACAUCACCAUCCCCAACGGGCUGGGUGUUCUGUUCGCGGUGGCGCAGGUGGUCCUCUACGCCAUCUACUACAAGUCCACCCAGGAGAUCAUCGAGGCGCGGAAGCGCAAGGCAAACCAGGUUGCCAUGACCGAGGUCGUCGUCGACGACGGCAAGACCAACAACAACCACGCCAGCGCCGGCCUUUACUGAUGAAGUCAUCGACGAUACCAAUAUUAAGGAAGUGGCAAUAUAAUCAAUUAUCAAGUUGCCGCCGGGUGUUUGUAUUGUGUGAUUGUGUUCUUCCCACAAGGGAUGAAGGCUACAUGUUGUUUUCCAACUGCUUGGGCAGCUGUACGGAGUCACCGGGCCUCAUUAGGUGGGAGUGAGAUGACUAGGUGGGGGAUUUUAGCUAAUUCCACCUUUCCACUAGGGUUUAGCUUAAUCUAGCUGUUUACCGGCACUUAUUAAUGGUCUCUUGUCUCAAAUUUCUAUUGAUGACCAAACUCUUUCACACAUGCACAUAAGCAUGGUCAUGAAUCAUGACUUCUUGACCC